GCGGUCAACCACUGCCUGGCAUUUAAAAAGUGAAAUUGACAUCCAUAGUCGCGCAGAUGGAGAACCUAUCGAGGUUCGUGGGUCAGAUGUCCUUGGCAGAUGACAGCAGAGCGGAGGGCAACAUCUCGUCUGAGUAUAUUAUGAUCGUGGUCCCUUCAGGUGUUUGGACAUUGCUCCCAAGGAUGAACCAGACUUGUGGAGGUCUACAAUAAUUUUUCUGAGAUCUUUGCUGAUUUCUUUUUGAUUCUUCCACGAUGUCAAGCAAAGAGGCACUGAGUUUGAAGAAUAUUCGUGCUCAGACUUCUGUCAUCAAGAAAGAUGUUGGCCUUACCACGAUAGCGGGGGAACUGAUGGAGAAUGUAAAGAAGAACCGUUACAGAGACAUUUUACCAUAUGACCAGACCCGUGUGCCCCUGACUCUACUGACAAAUGAGAAUGAUUUGGACUAUAUCAACGCCAGCUUCAUUAAGGGUGCAACAAAGACCAAAAAAUACAUAGCGACCCAAGGGCCUCUGAGACACACUUUGGUGGACUUCUGGCGAAUGAUUUGGCAGUAUGAUGUAAAGGUCAUAAUCAUGGCUUGCAGAGAAAUUGAAAUGGGAAAAAAAAAGUGUGAGUGCUACUGGACUACUUUCAAAGAAACAACCCAUUUUGGUCCCUUUAUUGUGUCAAAUUUUCAGGAAUCCAGCCCAAAUGAGGAAGUAGUUUUCCGCGCUCUGACAGUGAGAUAUCAUGAGGAAACACGGAAAAUCUCUCAAUUCCAAUACACAGCUUGGCCUGAUCAUGACGUUCCAUACACCGUUUAUGGUAUUUUAGGAAUGAUGGAUAUGGCUCGCAAAGACCAAGGAAACAACACUAGCCCUGUUCUCAUCCACUGCAGUGCUGGUUGCGGAAGAACAGGGGUGAUUUGUGCCCUGGAUUAUGUUCACGAUCUUCUUGUCACAAAGCAAAUUAAAGAAGAUUUCAGUAUCAUGAAGAUUGUAGUGGAACUAAGGAGUCAGAGGCCAUCAGCAGUUCAGACAAAGGAACAGUAUCGGUUUGUGUUUUCUGCCGUGGCUUCGAUGUUUGAGAAGGCUUUACGGUCAGCUGAGAACAACUCCCAGAAUCUCACCAAGAGUAACCAAUCUUUAUAUGAUGGUGUUGCAUCUGUGAAGACAUCUCCACCAACAACAUCAGCCAGCGCUCAGACACUUGCAGAAAGAUAUUCUAAUGUGCAGUACAGAGCGCCUCGGCCUCGUCAGCAAAAGAUGAAUGACGUAUAUGCCGUGGUCAACAAGUCCAAACAGCUCCCGCCACCAGCCUCUUCCACCGUCCCUCUGGCCGCUCUCCAUCACUAUGACAACGAAGAGCUGGGCGUCCCAAAAUGCCAUGUCGGUGCUCUUUACAGCAUGGUCAAGCCCAAGAGCAGGUGUCUUCCAGCCAAAACACCACCAGCUGUCUCACCCAUAUAUGACACAGCCGGACUAGCCAAUCACAGGCUAGCUGAGGCCUCGGCAGGGGAGGACCAGAGUGGCUAUGAGCUGGUCGCAGCUGACCGUCAUUCCUCGACCGAAGAUGACUAUGAGUAUGUCUCAAAUCCCAUCAAACGCAUGACCAACAGCUGCACUCCUAGUAGCAUGGAGUUCAACUGUCGCAUUAAAAAACCCAAAGGGCCUCGGGAUCCCCCGGCAGAGUGGAGUCGUGUGGAGAGAUGACAUAGCAGCCAUAUACCAGGCCUGGACACAUCUUUACUCAUUCAUGUUUGACAAGCAAUGGGAAUAGGCUCUUUAUUAAUUUUUACUUGCUGUGAACAUCUACUGUAUGUGAUCACAGAAAUACAUCUAUCUAUCUAUUUAUCUAUCUUUUGUAACCCAUUUGAGUCCGUAUAUUUUUCAGAUCUUGUGAUUUAUAUUACUGAUGAAAGAAAAAACUAUAUUAAACCACUUUCAAUUCUGAGACAAGUAUUGGUUUUGAAUACCAUUUACCGAUUGAAGUGCAGUGGUGCUAUAGUGUGAUUGUAGUAACCAACAGGUGGCACUAUAGUAACAGGAGCUAAUUUGUUUGUUUUUUCAUUAUUGAUGUUUCAGGUAUUGUAAAAUGUGUUUUCACAGGUAGACUCAUGCUUUAUUGCUUUGAUGUCUACUAAUUGCUGGUAACAAGGACUUACAAUAAAGACAACAAUUUCUUCAA